AUGGAACUGCGCAACUUGAUCGCCGGUGACACGGAGCACAGUUUGAAUCCAAUGGUGAAGUCCACCACCGAGGUGCGCAAAGAUGACGACGAAGAAGAGAGCCAGAGCCUUCAUGCCAAGCUUCUUCGGUACAGAUACGUCCGCAAGAUCGAGGCGCCUCCUCCACCGCUGGAACCGCUGGAGGGAAGUUAUUUGAAGACGCCUCGAGAGGUGGACAAAAUGGAGAAGAAUUUGCAAACCUUCAGGAUUGGGUGGAAGAGAGAUGCUUUAGUUCGCGCGCAGCAUUGGAACCGUGAAACCUCCGAACGGACCAGCACCGCUCGCUUUCGGCGUGCAGAGGACUCAGAAAGAUUUGAACACAACCUGAUCCAGCAAAUGGCCAUGAAGGAAAAAGUCCCUCAACGUGUGGAAGCCUUGCGAUCGGCGCAGGCAGAAUAUCCAACUCUCGUGGAGAAGCUGAGAGCCAAGGCCGCAGCACGCGAGGAGAAGCUGGAGCAGGUCAGAAGAAGACGACAGGAGGACAGGAGAUCAAACAGCAGAAUCUCCGAGAGACGUCCGUGGAUCGGAGAGGGAAAGAAAGGUCAAGAAGAGUUGAGCGAGGAUCCCCGGGCUGCCGACACGGCGGAGGAUGGUACCACCACGGACAAACAGGAGCGGUCAACGGAGCGGUCAACGGAGCGGUCAACGGGGGUGGAGAUCUACUUGACCUUGGACCAUCCCCAUGUGGCGCGCUUGUUGAAGGUCUACGAGGAUGAGCAGGAAAUUCACCUCGUCAUGGAAUACAUGGCCGGUGGUGAGUUGUACGACCGCUUGUUCCAGCAACGGGUCUACAAAGAGGAGAUGGCUGCCAAGACGGCGAAGCAAAUGCUGUUGGCCGUUGCUUAUCUCCACUCGCAUCAAAUUGCUCAUCGCGACCUCAAGCUGGAGAACUUUUUAUACGAACGCCAGGACAACGACCAUUUGAAGCUGAUCGAUUUCGGCUUCGCGAAGUUCUGGGAUCGAAGUCGAAACAUGACACAGGCAUGUGGCUCCACUCAUUAUGUGGCGCCGGAGGUCCUUGGGAACUCCUACACCUUGAAAGCGGACCUAUGGUCCUUGGGCGUUAUCAGCUACAUGCUCCUCACCGGGAGUCCGCCCUUCCAUGGGCCCGACAAAGAAGUGCUGGCAAAGAUUAGGGCGGGGAAAGUCCAUUGGUCCUCCAAAUUCAAACGACUUUCGGAGAACGCGCAGGACUUUGUGAAGGCUUUGCUGGUGGUGAAUCCCAAUGACAGACUAGACGCUCAAGGCGCGCUUGAGCACCCUUGGGUGAAGAGCCUAGGGACCAAAAACGAGGCAGGAUGGGAUGGGGGCCUUUUUUUUGCAUCUGCACUGGUGCAGUCGCCCGCCCUGGACGACGACAUCAAGUUGAGCCUGCGAAAGUUUUCGAAGGCCACCGCCUUUCGUCGCGCGGUGCUGUCCAUGAUGGCUUGGUCGCUGAAUGCGGAGGAUCGAGCACAGCUGCGCAACGAAUUCCUGGCUUUUGACACGCAAAAUACGGGGACCAUCACCCAUCUCCAGGUGAGGCUGCCAUGGCAACUGACAUUGGAAUGGACCUACAAGAUGAAAGAGAUCUUGGAGAAGUAUUACCACAUUGACUCCAUGGAAGCUGAGGCGAUGUUCAACAGCAUGGACACGGACCACGAUGACGUCAUUGCGUACAGCGAGUUUCUGGCGGCUGCCCUUCAGGAGGGACCACAGAUUCGCUGUCAAAACAUCCAGUCGCAUCAGGUCUUCGCAACGGGAUUGUGUUGA